AUGGACCGAAACGGGGAAGAACAAGCAGCUUCGACAGCCUUUUCCAACACCACCAGCUCAGUGUUUUAUUGCUCGACACACGGACCAGGUGUGGCGUUCGACCUACAUGACACAACUUCUCCUUGGAUUUUUGCUGCUUUUGCAACUAUAACCGCUCCCAUCGCAUUUCUGUUGAACACAUUAACAAUCUUAGCAGUAAAGCAAAAGAUGGAACUGCGGCAGAGACUUUCCUAUAUCCUUCUUUCAAGUAUGGCAUUUUCAGACCUUCUUAUAGGUGGUAUUGGUGUCCCUUUAUCGGCUUUAGUUGCCUUGUUACUUCCCUAUCGAAUAGUGGCUGUCCAGCUUUUUUGUUUGAUGGACUUGGUACCUUCAAUGCUGAUGUUCGGUUUAUCGUUUUGCUCGCUUAUCCAUCUCACAAUGAUUGCUUGGGAGCGAUACAUAGCCAUUCGAAAAUGGAGUGAUUACAAAUCUAUAGUGACUAGAAGCCGUUUGAAAAGGAUGGUAAUUUUAACUUGGGGUACAGUGCUCGUAGGUGAAUUCUGUCUAUUCGUCGUUAUGCCAAUAGCUGUUGGCAAGGAUAAAACGGCCCUGGCUUUAGCGGUAACCAUCCUUGUCACCGGUAGCGCCAGUGUUUUAGCCUGUAUCCUAGUUCUGAUUGUGGUUUUUUAUAUCAUGAUCUACCUUGGAGUUCGCAAACGCAAGCUAAAUCAGAUUCUCCAAGUCAGCGUAUUGAUACAAGCAAAACUCGAAAACAGAAUUGCAAUGACGACUGCUUUGGUUACGAUUGCUCUGAUUCUUUCUUUCGUCCCUCAUGUGAUUGUCGGUACACUGGGACGAGUUUAUCCAGUCCUUCGUACGCGUUUUGCGUGGCGUAUAUCGGACUCGUUUCUUUAUUUAAAUUCUUUAGUUAAUCCUUUAAUUUACUGCUAUAGAGAUCCCCGUUUUAAGAAAGCAGUGCUCGAGAUGUUGAGGAUCAGAAAACCAACAGUUCUUACAACAGAAGAGGUGAGAUGCGUGAAACAAAACAAUUUACUUGGUCCGGAGUACGUAGGGAUAGAGAAAGCAAACAAUCCGGUUCGUUUAGCAAGGUCCCAAUCCUGUAAUUUAGCCCUGUUCAGCUUAGAUCGAGCUCAUCUUAGGUCAUUGGGCACUUCGCUAAAAAGACCCAUAUCAGCGCCGUCGCUUCCUAAAGAUAGUAGCUCGGCGAAUGCAAAGGUACAAAAGGUAAAAACUGACUGGCCUAUUUGUUUGCCAACAACUGCAUCCUGUGAUUUAGCUUGCGAGUUCAUAUAAUUUACUUUCCGGGACGGCCUUAUUUUAAGGGCUUAAACAGAUAUUUUUGAUUGAGUCCGUGUCUUUUUUUAUGCACCCAAACAAUCUAUAGUAUGAAUAAAUCAUGAAGAACACAAAUACUUGUUUACUAUCAAUCAACUGAUUGUUGCCAUAAAUAAAAUUGGCGAAAAUUUGUACGGAGACCAUAUGACAACGUUUUCAUGGCCACUUUUAGAGUACAAGAGGAAAAAUUCAUUAUACUGCAGAUUUAGCCGCUAGUUUGCCAAAACCUGUCGAUCCGGAAUCAGCCGUUUUAAUAUGAAGCAAUUCACCUUCAUUUAGUAGCUUAUGUGCUGUAUGAAUAUACGCGAAUCAUUUAUUAAGCAAUUUUCCGGCCCAAGUCCAAAGUGGACAAAAUACUAUGUUGAUGUGUAUUCAAAGAUACCUUUUUGGUGGUACGUUCGCGUAGUAAGAUUAGUAAGUUUUUAAUUAGUUUACUUGCAGAAAAAUGAUUAACAAAACACUGACGAUUUCUGACAAUUCGAAAACGAGCAAUAAUGGGAAAUAAUUUCAUAACAAUAAUAACUGACAACUCUUUAGAACUUCGCUAGGAUUUUCCGGUGUUAUUGUGCAUUAAUAUGCCGUAUAGGAUAAUUUAUUCGAAUAUAAUUAUGUAAUCUACACAGUGGCAAUUCACCACGAUGCGUUUAUCACGCUGUACAUGAGUGAAAUGAUUUUUAAUGGACCAAAUUCGAUAUAUUAAAAUUCAUACCUGGCUCCGAGGCUUGGGGAAAUAAAACAAAAGAAAUCAUCUUGAGGCUCAGCAAUGAAUAAUAUAUUUAACAUUUUGUUUUAUACCCCAAACCUCGGAGCCAAGUAUGAAUUUUAAUAUAUCGAUGGCUAGUUUCAGUGCAAUGAGCGUUCCAAUUCGAUGGUGAUGUUCUCUGGCGCCCUUUUAUCCUGCCUUGAUCAGUUUUAUUUUGCAUUUUUUUCGUAAAUGUUUCUUUAUUCUUUUCCUUCCUUUCAAAAAUAAAGCCUUUAGGUAUAUGUGGUCAUUUAUUUUGAAUCCUUUGCAGCUUAGCAGCUGUUCUGUUUUCUUAUGGUACUUGAAUCGGGUUGUUUUUCGUCAGUAAAAUUGCGUACUGAGCGAAGGAAUGACGCACUCUAGGGCCUGAAAUAAUUUAGAAUGAAUAAAACGCGAAAAAUACUAAAUCGUGAAAGAGGAAAAGCAUAAGUACAAGAUUAACUGAAAAAAGAAUAUCAGCUGAUAGUUCUUGCCCUUUUCACAUGCACUGCAGUGGCGGAUCCAGGGGAGGGACCCGGGCGCCCGGGCCCUAAUUCUUAGACCAAACUGAGGCCAGAAGGGCCGAAAAAAAUUUAUUUUGAGACCCGGUUCCCCAUUAUCUCAGGGCCUAGAUGACCCCCUCCAUCUGCUUUAGUUGGACUGUUACUUCCCUAUCAAAUACUGGUAGUCCAGCAUUAUUGUUUGAUAAACUUGGUUGCUUAUAUGCUGAUGUUCAGUUCGUCAUUUUGCUCUCUUAUCCAUCUGACAAUGAUUGCAUGGGAGCGGUACAUAGCUAUACGAAGAUAGGCCGAUUACAAAACUAUAGUGACUAGAAGCCGAUUACAAAAGAUGGCGAUAGUAGCAUGGGUUAUAGCGGUAGUAGCUCAAUGCUUUCAAUAUGUCAUCAGGGAAAUAAUGACGGCAGCGGUUGGAGAGGAUACAACGACCCUGGCUUUAGCCAACACCAUCCUUAGCAUCGGUUGGGGUGUUUUGAUAGCGUGUAUCCUUGUUCUGAUUGUGUUUGUUUACAUUAUGAUCUACCUUGGGGUUCGCAAACGCAAGUUAAAUCAAAUUCACCAAGUCAAGGCGUUGAUACAAGCAAAACUCGAAAACAGAGUUGCAAUGACGACUGCUGUGGUUACCAUCGCCCUGAUUCUUUCUUUCUUCCCAGGUGUGAUUGUCAUCAUAUUGGAAAAAGUUUAUCCAGCCCUUCAUACACGCUUUGCCUGGAAGUUAUCGGAUUCACUUCUGUUUUUAAAUUCUUUAGUUAAUCCUUUAAUUUACUGCUACAGAGACCACCGUUUUAGGAACGCUGUGCUCGAGAUGCUACGGAUAAGAAAACCAACAACUCUCAGUGCAACAGAGGCGGUGAAAUUCGUCAAACGAAAAAAUUCCCUUGAUCCAGGGAACGUAAGUUUACAGAAAAAAGAAGGAAACCCUGUUCGUUUAGCAAGAUCUGCGUCCUGUGAUUUGGUGCCGUUUAGCAUCAAUCAAACCUUUAACAAGUCUCGCAACGCAUCGCUCAAACGAACCAUGUCAGCUCCGUCGGUUCCAAAAGACUAUAAUUCAGCCAAUGUAAAGAUACAAAAGGUAGAGAACUGGCCUAUUUGUUUGCCAAGAUCUGCAUCCUGUGAUUGAGACCCGUUCAACUUCAACCCGUUGAACGCGUCGCUCAAAAGCCCGGCUCAAAAGAACCAUGCCAGCUCUCUCGAUCUCUCCCUUACUGACUGACACGUCGUGUACAAGUACAGUGAUCCAUAGAAUAUUAAAAGUGUUCGAAACGGAGAUGCGAGAAACAUGACGAUCAAAAACAGUAUUCCCCACCAAAAAUAAUGAUAAAAAAUAAAAAAUAACAAGUUAGUAGCUAAAAGAAAUUACGUAGCACUCGGCGGCGAUAUAAGCUGGAUAAUGACUUAGGCAUACUCAGAGCCACAUUUGCGCAUUUGUGCUUUUGUGUUUUUACGUUAAUUUCUUGGCAACUGAGUCAAUCAGAUUUUCUGGAAUAAUAGCCGUCCCUCUAUCAAUGCCCUCCCCACCCCUCUCGCCAUCUUCUCUUUCUUUUAUCCCCUCCCUGUCAAGUUGAGAGUGGAAUCCGAUCCAGCAAAACUGACCAGUGGCGAUCCAAGCUCUGACACCGAGGAUAUUGACAUUGAAAAUUUAUCAAGUAACCAAAUUUGGAACACUUAA